AUGGAAUCUUCUACUUCUUUAGUGGUGGAAUAUAACCCAAUACCGUUUGAUCAUACCUACAUCCUAUACGAUCCAAAUGAUUUAAUAUCAAUGGCAUCGGUUCACAUGUCACUUUUACCAAUAUAUAUUAUGGUAUUUUAUACAGCUUGGUUCUUGAUCACCCGAGAGAUUGAACCUGUCGUAAUAGUCGGCGGACAUUUAAUUGGUGAAGUUGCAAAUAAAGUCAUUAAAAAGCUUAUUAAACAGCCAAGGCCAGAUUUUCAUAAAGAUUUCGGAAGUGGCUCUUAUAGUUUAUCGUUUGGUAUGCCAUCUGCACAUUCUCAAUUCAUGGGAUUGUUUGGAGCGUAUUUUGUAUGCAUAUUCUUGUUCAGAAUGUCUCAUUUAACACGAUUACAGAGAUGGCUUGGGUGCUUCGUUUUGGUGGUAUCUUCCACUGCAGUUGCGUUUUCAAGGGUUUAUUUAUUGUAUCAUACUAUUCAGCAGGUCGCUGUGGGAAUUAUGUUCGGCACUUUCCUAGGCAUUUUCUAUUUCAUUUUAACCUCUAUCGCCAGAGAUAUUGGUUUGGUAGAUUGGGUAUUAAAUUGGCCUAUUGUUAAGUAUUUUUACGUUAAAGAUUCAUAUUUCCACUGCUACCAAACAUUUGAAGACGAAUAUGUUUCAAAUUUACAACGUAAAAAUACUCGUUAA